AUGAAGUCAAAACAUUCGAAUUUUCUUGUUAUUUUGUUACAUUCAAAUAUCGAUGAACAAGAAGAAAAGCUGGAAUAUUUAAGCAAACAUCUUCAACGAUAUAUUAAUUCUAUAAAAACAUUCACUGAUAUUGAUAAUUGUAUUGAUUAUGUUACUGAUUUGAUAGAUACAAAAGUGUUUCUCAUUCUUUCUGAUCAUGUGGUUGAACAUUGUCUAACAUUAAUUGAGAAUAUUCCACAAAUUUAUUCAAUUUAUCAUCUUUCAAAUCAAACCGACGAAACUCUAUGUAACAAUCUUAUCAAAGAUAUGUAUCAAUUUCAAGAGAAUUCAAUUCCAAUAACAAUUAUUCCAAAUGAAAAUCUUCACUCUUUAGAUCCAUCAUUCAUGUAUAUCGAAUUACUAAAAGAAAUUCUUCUUCAAAUGAAAUUUGAUCAAAAAUCGAAAGAUGAAUUUGUUAAUAUGUGUUUAAUAAAAGAAGUUGAAUAUGAAACAAGUCAUCGGAUAAUUGAUGAAUUUGAUCACAAUUAUAAACCUUCAUUGGCUAUUCAAUGGUAUACUCGAGAUUGUUUUAUCUAUCGAAUGUUAAAUGACUCACUCCGUUAUCAAGAUACAGAUGUUAUUUUAACAAUGGGAUUUUUUAUUCGAGAUUUACAUCGACAGAUUGAAUUAUUAUAUCAAGAUUUCGCAAAUGAAAAACCAUCGAUUGUUUAUCGAGGUCAAGGCAUGUUUAAUAAUCAUUUUGAAAGAUUACGAGAGAAUAAAGGUGGUCUUCUUUCUUUCAAUCAUUUUCUUUCAACAACAUGUGACCAAGAGUUAGCAUAUGUACGUGCUUGUAGUGCACAAGAUGAUUCAGAACUUACAGGUGUUUUCUUUGAAAUGCAUAUUGAUUUAAGUAUACAAACAACUCCAUUUGCAUCAUUAGAUAAAGUAAGUUAUUAUGGAGAUCGUGAAAAAGAAAUUUUAUUUUCAAUCAAUACGAUAUUUCGAAUUCAUCAAAUCGAACAAAUGGAUGAACGAUUAUAUAAAGUUAAAUUAUUCUUAACCAGUGAUAAUGAUCCCGAAUUGAACAAACUUACUGAUCAUAUACGUCACGAAAUGAUUUGCGAUUCAAAAUCUGGUCAAUUAGCUUAUUUAUUAGUAAAGAUGAACAAUUUAAAUAAAGCUGAAGAAAUUUGUCAGAAGAAAAUUGAAUUACCAUCAGAUUAUACAACUAUGUCUGAUGAUGCUCGUCUUCAUAAUAUUAUUGGAUAUAUUAAAACACAGCAGAAUGAUUUGAACAGUGCAUUAAUACAUUUAUUUGAAGGAUUAAAAAAACGGCAAGAAAUUCUUCCGCCUGAUCAUAUUGAUUUAGCUGCUUCUUAUAAUAAUAUUGGUGAAUUGUAUCAUACUAUGGGGCAAUUAUCCAAUGCACUUGAUUAUCAUAGUAGAGCACGUUCCAUAUGGGAAAAACACCUUGAAUGGAACGAUUCAAAAUUAGCUAAAUCAUACAAUAAUCUUGGCGAAGUAUACAGAUCGAUGGGUGAGAACGCGUCGGCAUUUAUGUAUCAUAAAAAAGCUCUUGUGAUAUAUGAAAAAACUCUCCCGCCAACUCAUCCAGAUUUAGCAAUGUCACAUAAUAAUAUUGGUUUAGUCUAUAGAACAUUGGGACAGAAUUCAUUAGCACUCCAACAUCUUCAAAAAGCUUCCGAAAUCUUGCAAAAAUCUGUUCAAAUCAAUCAUCCUUCUCUGGCUUUAAUACUUAAUAAUAUAGGUGAAUUACACACGUCAAUGGGUGAAUAUCAAAAGGCACUUACAUAUCAUGAAAAAGCAAGAAAAAUUCAAGAAAAAUCUCUUGAACCUGAUCAUCCUGAUGUAGCUUCAUCGCAUAAUUACAUUGCUUUAGUGCAUUUUGGUACAGGAAGAUAUUUAAUUGCAUUGAUGCAUUUCAGCAAAGCUAUGAAUAUAUAUUACAAAUCUCUUCCAUCGACUCAUCCGGAUUUCAUUGAAAUACACAUGAGUAUGGGUCUCUUGUAUUACUUUAUCAAACGACAUUCGCUUUCGUUAUUGCAUUUUCAAAAAGCGUUGCAAAUAUCGAGAAUUUCUCUUCCCACGAACCAUCAAUAUCGCGCUAUUAUUCCACAAGUUAUUACAACGAUUCAAAGAGAUUUUAUUAAAUUCUCAUUGAGUAACAAUUUUAGUUUUAUAAAUCGUAAUUGUAUCGUAAUCGAAGAUGAGUUAGACUAA